AUGUCUGCCGCGGAAUCCAUGUCCGCCGAUCGACUGCGCGCCGAUGGCGUAAUUUCCGCCCUCCCUGCAAUCUCCGUCUCCGGCGGCGCCGCCGCGGUUUCCGCCGCAAAUGACGGCGCCGGCGUCGCCAUUGCCGUCGGCGGCCGGUCCAGAAGCCUGUCCGUCUCCCCUGCCGGCAGUCCGUCAGCCGCCACUGCCGCCGCAACAGCCGCCGCGGGAACCGGCUUCACAGCUAAAAGCAACCUUGCAGCCAAGGCGAGCUUAACUCCUAGCCCCGCCCCCUGGUCAAUGUGUCGAUUCCGCCUCGCCACUCUCCUCGAAAUCGCCUUCUCCUUCCUCCUCCUCUUCGUUACCCUCCUGCUGCAUCGCAAUGGCUGCCUCUCCCCCUCCUCCCCCGCCUUCCCCAUCUGCUGGCGCAACCUAGGCGUCUCGCUCCCCCCAUCCCUCCGCCAAUCCCUCCCCCCAUCUGUCGUGCAAGGGAAGAGCCGGGGGGGAGUGACAGGCGGGGGGGAAGGAAUGGGGGGGAGAAGAGAGCGUGGGGGAAUGCAGGGGGUGGCGGAAGGGGUUGGGGGGAGGGGGGAGAGAGGGGGAAGUGUAAAUGUAUUGAGAGGGGAAGGGGACACGUCAUUACUACGAGUGCUGAUGCCAGGCAAUGGGGGAGCCAGUGGGGGAAGCAGGGGGGAAGGGGGAAGGGGAACGGUUGGCCUGGGGGAAGCAGAGUCGGCUGCAGCUGCUGCGUUGAUGGGGCGAGGGGGGGAGGAGGGGAGAGGGAGUGCGGAAGGGGAAAGCAACGGCGGGGGAAGUGAUGGGAGGGAUGGCGGGGAAGGGGAAGGAGCGAAAUUUCAGCCAUUAGCAGAAGGGGAAGGUCCGACUACUAGGAACGAGCCAGGGGGAGGGGGAAGGGGAGGAGGGGGAGAGGGAGGCGAGGGGGAAAGGGGAGGUGAGGGGGAAGGGGAGGCGCAGCAUGGGGGGAGGAAGGGGGGAGACGAGUGGGUGCUGCGGCCUGAUGAGAAGUUCAUGUGGUUCGCCAGUCAUGGCGGAUUUGGUAACCAGGUGAUUCAACUUGUGUGGGGCCUUCGCCUAGCAGGUCUCCUGAACAGAACGCUCAUCAUCCCGCCCAAGCUCUCGCACUUUGCCAAGUCGUCUGGCAUCGGUCGGUGCGACCGCAACCCCACCAAGCCGGACCGGACGCGGCAUGACGCGUGGGGGCACUGCUCUGACAUGAUGCGCGGGGGGAAGGGCUAUGUGUCCAUGGCUGAUGUGCUCGAUUUCAAGACUCUGCCGCCCGCUUUCAUCCGCACCAUCGAUCUGCGGCACUUUGCCGCCCGGUUCUGCCACUGUGACGUGGCGCCUGCCUGCUACGGUGGCGCGUGUCGGCAGCUGACUCACGGGCGGCACCACGACCCCCACUCACGUAAGGAUGACAAGUGCAUGUGGGAGUGCGGGGCAAAGCUAGGGGCGCAGGGAGGGGCAAGUAAGAAAUGGAGGAAGGAGGGGGUGCUGUUUCCGAUUGACAACACGUGCAAGGACACUCUCUGGACCGUUGGCAAUUAUGCAAGGGGCGCAUCAGGAAGCGAGUACGAGGGGGUGGUGUAUUCCAUUGGCAACACGUGCAAGGACACUCCCUGGACGAUCAGCAAUUAUGCAAGUCUCAAGGACCUGGUGGCAGCAGUGGGGGAGAAGGAGCCAGCGGUGCCGGCCUUUGCACACAUCAACGUGAAGCACAACCGCAACGAGCCCGUGCCUCUCAAUGUAUUUGCCACUCUGGGGGAUGCCUCGCCUGCCAAGGACAGCAAGGUGUUGGCCUUCCCAUCGCUCUUCCAUCCUCGCAUAGCAGACAUAAACCUGGAGUGGGACGACCGUGUGCAAGCGAUCAGAGAGGCCCCUGUGUCAAUGCCCUUCACGCCCCCCAUAAUGGAUCUGGCUCGGGAUUUCAUAUACAACAGCAUAGGCAGACCCUUCGGCUGCAUGCAAGUGCGGGGCACGGAUGGCAUGUUCGUCAAGGCGCUAAAAAACACUCUCAAGGAUGCGGAGGCGACGCUAAAGGAGAUGCUUAAGCGCAACCCGAAAGCCCACGCCCCUCCCCUCAAGUUCCCGCUCUUCCUUAUGACUGAUAUUCCCAAGGCCUCGUGGAAAGGAACCUUCCUCGAGCACCUCGGGGAAUUUCCUGUUGAGCUUUUCACUGUAGACGGGAUUAUGGAUAGGGUAAACGCCGCAGCGCGAGCGAUUUUAACGGAGGAGAUUGGGCUGUAUGCUAACAGGGGACAGUCGUACCUGAAUGGUAACGGGGUUGCUAAUAUGGGGGAUGGAGCUGGUGUUGCUGGUGCUGGUGCUGGUGGUGGGGGGAAAGGAGGCAUGCAGAUUGGACCUCAAACUCCUGUGAGACAAAGAAGGCGCAGCCUGGCAGCAGCCGAGAAAAGGGAAGUUGAGAGAUCUGCACACAGGCUAGAGGGUGGUAGAAGGUUAGAGGAACAGGAGGAUCACACAGGAAGGCGCAGACUAGCAGAGGGGGGAGGGGAGGAGGGGGAAAAGAGAGCGGAAGAGCUUGAGGAUAUAGUGUUGUUCGUCGAACAAGCCAUUUGCUGCCAUGCGACCCUUGGCACGUUCACCACGCUCAAGUCCACUGCUGGCAGCCUCGUGCAUGCUCUGAGGAGGGCAGGGAACUGUGUUGUGGAGGAAGAGGCGUUUCAGAGGCAAGGGGGGAGGAGAUGA